UAGUGACCUAGUGAGAGUCGGUGAGCAUGCGUGUGCGCAUACGAGUUUGACGAGACGAUAAACGAUAAAUAGUGGAAAAGGGCGUGAAAUAGUGAAGGCAAGGUGGACUGGAAUGGAGGCUAUUACGCAAAAAGUACAGUGUGAAAUAAUAAAAACACAAGCAGUAAAUCUUGUUAUACCACUUGAAAUAGAACAACAUUUGGAAGGUACAGUCGUCACAGAAGGAAGUACAAUCGAACUUGAAUGUAAAAUAAACGGGUACCAACCAACGGCUUUCUGGUACAAAGAUGGAAGACAGAUAAACCCCAGCGGCAGAAUUAAUAUGAUAUCUGAUCGAAAAUGGAGAAGAAUCGAAAUAGAAUCAGUUACCGAAGAAGAUAAUGGACUGUAUAUUAUAUUACUCAAAAACAGUUCUAGCGCAAUAUUCUCCAAGGCUAAUCUGCAAGUAGCAUCUGAUAGAAUUCAGUGUAUUCACACGUGUCCCUGUCCUAAGCAAAGUCUUUCUGUUACUAAACAACUUAAAAAUGUUACAGUUAAUCUAGGAGAGAGAAUAGAAUUAGAAGUAGAAUUUAAUUCUGAUGUCAUAGAAUUCCAAUGGCUCAAAGGUGACACAGUUUUGACACCAAAUGAACGGAAAAUAAUUCUGGACAAUAGUAGUUCAUCAGUGUUAUCUGUUCUUUGCGCUAGAUUGAACGACACAGGAAUUUACACGGUAGUAGCUAAAACUAAAUUUGGUGUGACAUCUUCCUCAGCCCACGUUUGUAUACUAGAUAUAGAUCUGAAGUCAUAUAAUAAUGAAAUACCAGUAGUCGAAGAACAUUUAACUGACGAGGUUGAGGUUAAUGAAGAUGAAGACGUGAGGCUAAUAUGCAAGGUCCGUUAUGACACGAACACGGUGAUAAAAUGGUUCAAAAAUGGUGCUUUAAUUGAUUGCAAUAAUAGACUAGUAGCAGAGGAAUACAUUGGAGAUUAUAUAGGUUUAAGAAUACUUCAAGCUACUAGAUCAGAUACGGCUGAAUACUCAGUAGUAUUGGAGAACGUGCUUAGUGGGCGCACUGAUUCAACAUCGUGUUUUGUGAAUGUUAAUCCCAGCCCCAUGCUAAACCCACCUAUAGUAUUGCUGAAGACGCCGCUGCUGUCAGCCGUGGCCUGCUGCGGCAGCCAAGUCAGCUUCGACUGCAGCUUUGAGUUGCAAGACUCCAAAUACUAUUACGUCGUAUGGUACGUCGGCCAUUUUCGAAUAGAACGUACCAAUUCUCAAUUUGAUGUGAUCUGCAAAGACGGCGAGUAUUUCCUAAACAUUAUGAAGUUGGAACCAUCCAUGGCUGGUGAGGUGCUUUGCGAGUUGCGCAGGGUCCUGCCCAAUCAGAGAUCAGUAUUCAUUAACAGUGCGUCUGCGCAUCUAGCCGUGGUCUCCCCGCCCGUUCUCCGUGAAGUGAGAAAGUUCUAUCCGGAGCGGAAGCCGGCGCACAACAUUCGAUGUAUGAAAUUGGACGCCUAUUUGACAGUCCCUGGUAAGAAAUAUUUAAUUGGCUCAAAUGGGAAUGGCCACAUGGAAAAGUGUUCUUCCGGUGAAUUUUUAAUGGAAAUAAAAUACUGCAGAUUGGAAGACGAUAAUUUUUAUUAUUUGCACGUUGUGAAGUCUGAACUGAUGAGGGAUGUGCAAGUCAGCGUCAGAAAUAAAAUUACUGAGUCUUUGAAGACGAGCCAAAGAAGGGUUGAGCUGGUAGAAUGGACAAAUCCACAUCUUCAGACGUGGUACGCAAUAGAUCUCAAACACCAAGAAUACUUGGAAGCUGGUGUGACCAGUUCCUGCUCGUUCGAGAUACGGGACCCACCUGUUGGCAAACUGUUGGAGUUCCGCGUCAGGGCCGCGGAACCCUUGGCCGGGGACAGCGAAGUCCUCAUUAGCAUUGCACCAUCCAACCAGCCAGCAGCUAAAAUCCGUCCAUUAAAAGACAUGAAAGAUUUCGAUUCCUGCUUCACAAAUACUGGUGUAGUCAUUGGAAGCGGGGCUUUCGGUAGUGUCAUGCUCGUUCACGACUCUGCGGGGGAGUUCUUCGCAGCCAAGUUCUUGAAAACCAGGACCCAAAAGAAAAGGGACACGGCACAGCGGGAGUAUGACAUGAUGAAAGCUCUACGUCACCCGAAACUCGUCGAAUUGGUCGAUGCAUUUUUCACUAAGGAGUCAUUUGUUCUUGUCAUGGAUUUCCUCUGGGGAGGAGAACUCUUCGACAGGAUAGUCGAUGAGGAGCACAUUAAAGAAGUAGAUGUAGUCCCGUACGUGCGUCAGAUCUGCGAAGCUCUGGAGUAUUUGCACGACCACAAGAUUGCCCACCUCGACCUCAAACCGGAGAACAUUAUCUGUCUUAGUCCCAAUUCCAGGCAGGUCAAGCUGGUCGACUUCGGCCUGGCCAGGAUCCUGGAGGAGGGUCACGUGACCCGCGCCAUAUAUGGGACUAGGGACUAUGUGGCGCCCGAAGUUUUGAACUUUGAGCAGCUGACCCUCGCCUCUGACAUGUGGAGUCUGGGCGUCGUCACGUAUAUGCUGUUAUCAGGGGUAAUGCCGUUCGCCGGAGACUCCUGGCCGGAGAGAUCAGCAAAUAUAACCCGAGCCAAUUACAAUUACGACGAGACCGCGUUCAAGGAUAUUUCUGACCUGGCCAAGGAUUUCGUGGACCACCUUCUGGUCCUGUCAGGGGAGAAGCGUAUGACUGCAUCGGAUGCCCUGAACCACAAAUGGAUAGUCGAAGGACCACCAAAGGGCACUAAAGCUGGCCAUAUGAAGAGGGCAAGGGAGAAUCUUAAGUCAUAUUUGGCUAAUUAUAGGGCUAGGUGGCAGAGAGCUGGUAACGUGAUGAUUGCAGCCCACAGGUUGAGGACCCAGGCCAGCAACCGUAGUAGCUUAGAGCGCGCUUCUCAUGGGACUUAGUACUUUUUUUUUUCGUUCGUUCGCUGACCUGUCUUAUAGGGGGCUUACUAUCAUCUCAUUCGAAUCCAAGACGUAAACUGGACUGUAUCGAAAAUUUGUAACAUCGAAUCAAUUAUAACUAAACAAUGCGACUCGUGUGAGUCUCUUAAUUUGAACUGUGCAUUUAAGUCGUUUGGUAACAGUUGAUAGGCCCGCUGAUCAGUCAAGAAAUUGGUCUGUGAAUGCCACAUCCACAUUUCAAAUUACCUUAUUAUAAAAAUAUUUUUAUCUACCAAGAUUUUCAUGUCCCUAUGCGGACUGGUUUCAUUUAUGCCCAGUAAGUUAGUAAGUUCCAACAUGUAUUUUUCUAACAUGGCAGCCAAUACAGAGGUCUGAAGAAUGGGCAACUCAAGGGACGCGUGGUGCAAAGAGUAUAUAGUUUAUUUAUUUCAUAAUAAUUUGGUUAUUUUCGUAGAAAUGUGAUUGUAAUGAUCUAAUGAAAAACACAAUUUUAGGGUAAGUUGCACCGUCAAAUUUGACUUUGACCUCAACCGGCGAGCCGCUGACGUUUAGACAAAACGGCGUAAAUUGCUAUUUUCUGCGACGUUAAAGUUAACGUCAAUGUUGACGGUGCAACCCACCCUGAAAUUGUGUUAUUCAAGACUUAUUUACUUCGUCGUGUAUCUAGUUGAUUUUAUGAUUGGACUCCCUCCCGUGGCUUCUAGUUUCUAAUCUAUGGCAUUUCUAACCUAUAAAUUUUCUUUUUGGCAUAUUAAGUUGAUAUCCCACAGUUAUCCUACAUUGAUAGGAUAAAUUAAGCCCCACGUAGCGUAGGCGUAUCAGACUCAAAAUUAUCGUUAGACUUUUUUGUAGAUAUUACCGAGAUGCUACAUUUACGCUAAAUUUCCUACGAAAAUAUUGAGAUAAAAUAUUAUGUAUUUUCGUAGGAAAUUUUAACAACCUCAUUAUUAUUGUGCUACUUGUAUGUUAAUUUAGAAACAGUGAGUUUCGUCGUCUCAUUGCAGUACAAAAUGUUUUAUAGAUAUUAUUAUAUUUAAAAGAAAAUGAUUUAUUUUAUUACUUUGUUUGAAUUUAGUUUCAAAUAAAAGUUUGAGUUGAUAUUUUUUUUAAUUGUUAAAAAAUUACGAGGGUCGUGUUUGUUACGUGGAAUGAAACACACACAACAACUUUCUUGGCAUUAUUAAUGGAGUGAUUUGCCAUUGCCAUCUCCAUUUCACACACAAGUUAAUAAUAAUCAACCAGUGUGCGGGUUUCCUCACGAUGUUUUCCUUCACCGGAAGCAAGUGGUGGACGAUGAAAACUACUAUAUUACUCAGAUCGGUAUACAAACUCAUGUGGCACGAGUAGGAUUCGAACCUGGGACCUUUCGAUCCACUGGCGGGCAUCUUAACCAUUACACCACCACCGCUUAUACAUAUAUAUGUACCAAUAAUAGCCUAGUAACAGUGUUGGAGUGGAUGCCACCACAUUUACCCAUAAAUAGAAGUUGGUGGGUGUACGGGUCCCGGCUCGUUUCACAGUUUGACAGCACACUCCUCUCAUUUUGGAGUAUUUACUAAAAUAGUAUUAUAGUAGUGAUCUUUGGCCAUUUGAAUGAAAAUAUAUUACUAGCUUUCGCACGCGACUUCGUCCGCGAGAUUUUCCCACGGGAACAUUUAUUUUUCCGCGAUGAAAGGUACCUUGUGUCCCUUACCGUACUACAAACUAGAUGUAUGCAAAAUUUCAAGAAGAUUGCUAGAGUAGAAAACGCGUGAAGAGGUAACAAACAAACUUACUUUCGAAUUUAUAAUAUCAGUAAGGAUUUAACUAUUUAAAACGCGACCAAUUUCGUGUCAAGUUUUCCAUCAUAUCGUGAACUUUAUCACAAUGAGGACGCGGGGGGAGAUGUGAUUAUUCACAAGGAUUAAUAUCGAUGCCUGAGUACAAUUCAUUGUCGGUUAGAGUUCAUUUAGAUAGGUAGUAUUUUAUUAAAAGUUUUGUCCCUCACUCGCCUUGUUCGAAAACCACGGGAGGAUAUGGAGUGGUUUUAUAUUACGGCGGAACUACACGCCGCAUUUUUUUUGUGCUACCCAUUGACAAAAAUUCGCGAGACACUAUAGGUAAUUAUUCUGAUCCUUACAUAUCAUUAAACUUUUUGUGUUUGUUUGUAUGAAUUUCCCAUUGGACUUCAAAAAUUAGACCUCAUUCAAAAAUAGGGCCCAUUCGUCCUCGUCAAAGUGUCCAGUAGACCCCCAAAAAAUAAUUACCUACACAAAAGGAUCCAUUCGACCUCCUAUCAUAGUCAUGCGAUACCCACUGGACCUCCAAAAUCACUUUUUACCUAUACCAUCAAAAUGGGAUUUUGAAGAACAAUGAUACAGAAAAUUGAAAUUAUAUAGGAAGAAAGAGACAGUAAUAUUGUCAUUAUUUGUUAAUCUAGAUACGCACUUUACACUUUACAAUUCUAAGAAGAACAAUACAACCAGUUUUAACCAUAUAUUUUUGAAUGAUCGUAGUUAGAUCUCGACCUGUUUACUAUUUAGUUCACAGCUCUAUUACGUUACGCGAAAUAUUGGGUACAUAUUCCAGUAACUUUCCCGUAUGAACGCGAUAAACUCAAAAACUACCGGAUGGAUUAUUAUACGGUUCCUAAUAUUUCCUAAGUAAUUAAAAAAGGUUAAUUCUAAUGGUUUUUUAAAAAUCGAGCGUAGCCGGGACGCCCCGCCAGUCGAUAAUAAAUUAGUACCUAAAUACAGUUCACAGUAAAGUAAUGGAUGUUAUCAUGAGUUCUGUUAUUUAAACAGUUUCUGAUUGAGCCCAGAGUUGCGAGAUACUUUUGUUUGUUACUUUCAAUCAGGAUAAUUGAGCCUAUGUUAAAGUCAAACUAGAUUUUCAUAGGAUAUUCCCAGGAUCAUAUAUUUCUAAGUUAGUAUCGUGUAACACAAGGAAACACUCUGUAGUUAGCUCAGAUUAUAUUGUGCCUUGUGUUUAUAUUUAAAAACCUUAGUUUGAACCUUUAUAUGUAGUAAACAGUGCAUUCAAACUUUUGGUCUUCCACAGCAACUGUAACGUUGAUUCUAUAAAUUGAUUUGAACCGGCCCUGAAGGGGCAGGCGAGGGCCGGCUGGAGAGCGUGUCCUGCCCUCUCAUGCAAAUUCUUUAAUUGUAGCGGCGUGCAUCCUUGUCUAUCGCUGCAACCGAUACACACAUGCAUUGGACGGACAUGCCCACUAAAAGCCCCGAAAUCGAUAGAGCCCGCGGGACGACUGUCGUCCAAAUAUUGUGUUGCCGGGCGCAACACUCAACGCGACGUCAAGUCAAGCUCAUUUUAAUUAAUUACUAGUGUGGCUGUUACGUCGUUCAAGAUCUUCAUGUGUUAUUGUUGUUUCAAGUUUAAAAACUACAGUCGUUAUGUCAACUACAACCGGUUCUAUUUGAAACUACCGCCACGCCGGCGGCUGACGUUCGUGAAAAAGAAAGCAAAUUUGUAAACAAUCAGAAAUCAACAGGUGAGGAGCUACCUGCUAGGAGACUUCGCCCAAAUACUGAUCUUUUAACGCUUUGCAUACACAGAACAUUCUAAGACAGCUAACAAAGGUUCAAAAUCGAAGCAAAAAUGAAACGUCUCUGGUUAGCUGUAUUGGAAUGGGGGAAGACUGCGCGCGCAUUAGACACGGGUAACUGUCAUACCCGCACUCAGUUGAUAUUGGUUCUAUAGACACUUAGCACGGAUCGGGAAAUGUAUUCCUCCCUUGGCUAUAAUUACGAUGACAACAACAAUAACAACAAUAACAAUGCGGGCCCGUCUAAAAGCAUCGCCGAUGAAAAACUUCCUUACCGAAAGAGAAAUAGAGUUCCCAAACAGAGUCCGCAAGAGAAAUGGAAAGAAGCGUGUUAUAGCCUAAAUCCUGAUUUUGAUAAUCUGCCGCUAGCUGCCAAGGAAAUGAUCGAAACGAAACUCAAGGUCGAGUAUUAUAUAGCCCUUGGCGCCGAUACAUCCUUACCCAGGACAGCUACCAGCGGCAGCAUCCAGACACCCCGAGUGUCACCCCUGGUGAAGCGUCCGCCGAGGGUCCCGUCCAGGGCUCCGUCGGCGCCGCUGCUGUCAACCCGACCGGUACCACCAUUCGGACCGCUACCACCUCUCCCUUUACUGCCCACCUUUACUCUUCCAUCUCCAGUGUCACCCACCUUUUCCGUACCACUUCCGCCCCUCUCCCCGCUUCCUCCUCUCUCCCCACUCCCACCUCUCUCUCCUCUCUCUCCACUCUCUCCGCUCUCCCCCCACUCACCACUCCCGACUCUCGAUACUCAUAAUCCGUACUUGUCUUCAUUCUACCCAGAAGACAGGAACCUACCGUCUACUAGUAACACAAGUUUACUCGAAGAUCCGUAUCCGAGAAAAUCAAAAGCCAGUCGGCCCUCUUUUUACGAUCCGUCGACUUCGUCGUUCUCAGCGUCGAAGUUAGCGCAGUCGGCCUCCAGCUACGUGGACAGCCCGUCGAUAUACGACCCCACCGAGAUCUACAAGCACAUCAGCAGCGAGGCGAACAAUAACAACAACAACAAUGAGUCUAACAACAAUGAUCAGCCGUUUGACUACUCCUAUCAGGCGUUAAAUAGGUGGAACUUCUAAAUUCUGACUGGUCCGUUACAAUCGACUCCAGUUUUCGAGUAUAUUUUUAAACAUCUUCAAAGCUUGGGCGUCGAGAGAUUUAGUCGAGUCAAUUGUUAAUUCAAUACCAAAGAAUAUUUUAACUUAAUUUUAGCUUUUACGAAACGUCCAAAAUUGAUCCGCCGUCCGAUAACAUGCCGAACGAAAAUCGAUCGUACCGUUGGAUCGGGCACGGCACGCUGAGGCUGCUGCAGUCGAGAAUUUUGACACGCUUUAAAUUUCGAACGCUCUGUCUGUUCCCAUACCCAUCCAUUUCGAUCGUCAGAGUCAAAAUGCGAUUAAGAUUUCGCAUUCUAGUCCAACUUUUUAUCAUUUUCAAAGUUCGAUUUGGUAGCAAGGGCCUGCCCGUUCGAAUUCACUUGAGAAUUCGACUGUGGCUAAGGGUGCAAGCAAGGCUACUCUUGGAUACUCAAGUUCUUAGAGUCUCAGCUUAAUUCUUUCGUUUCACUCAACCUGACUGACUAAAACUUAUAACAAGGCCUAAAAAAAAUAUGGACAUCAAUAUAAUUAAAGACAUCGUUAUCUUGGAAAACGAUAAAUGAAUCUAGAUAAAAUUGUUAAGUAAACCUAUUUAUUUUAGACCAUUUUGAGAAGUUAUAGACUGAAAUUAUGCGAAUGUAUAAAUAUACUCUCUAAUUAUUCAAAGUUGUUCGAAGAAUCCAUUUUAGAAAUUUAAAUUAUUUAAAAAAACGUUUUGUAAGAAGUUUUUUCAAUAAAUCAUGUCUAUAUUACUUACUUUACGAACAAAAUAACUUUAUUUUCGAACGUUCCAUAUGAGUGACAUCAUCUAUAGAGCGCUCUUGGAUUCAAUUCUGACAUAUCAUGCAAUGUGUUAAUUGCCAAUUCCACAGUAAUUGUUUCGUGAAUAUUUACAUUAAUAUAAGGUCCUUCAAAUAGCCGUAUCACAAUAACUUAUCCUAUAAGGUAUACAUGUGCCAAAGUUGAUAAUAUGUGGUCUGGUUACAUACCAUUUCAUAAGUUUUGUGUUGUGUGUCAAUACUAUUUAUAUUAAAUGACAAUAACAAAAGGAUUUUUAUCUGCCAUACUGCCAAAUUAUAGUAUCCUUCUUGUUAUGUAGUGUAAAGUACCAUUUUCGUCUAUCCGUUGUCAACUGAAGAGUUAUACUUAUUUGUGUGAUAGCGAUGCCUAAGACGCGUGCAAAAGGUCAAGAUCACUAUUGUUUUUAAAGUAUUCCGGAUUUUGUUUUAAUUUUAAACUUAUUUAACUUGAAACUUAGGCGUAAGACUUAUAUGUGGUGUAUAACUUAGUAUAAUUUGUGAAACAGUUUAAAUAUGGUAUAAAUCACUUCUCAAACUUUUUGAAGGUGGAUCCCUUUUAGUGAGCUAAGCAAUCGAGGGAUCCCUAAAUUUAAACUUGUUUGACGUGUCCUAAUGACACGGCUAUUAGACUUUUAAUAAAUGUUUAAAUGUCAUAAAUGUCGUUAAGAAAUUAAGUAAAGCUUUUAAUUGAAAUGUUUUCUCGAACGCUUUUCAUGUGAUAAUAUUAAUGUUACUGUUUUUCAAUGUAACAAAAAUUUUCGAGCAUCUCCAUUUUCUGGAGAUAGCUUAGCGGAGACUUGCGGGGCUCCGCAGCACAACUUCAAGGACCACUGUUAUAGCAGCUAUAAUAAUAUGCAGCGCCAUAAAAUAAUAUUAUCAGCAACAUAAAAUAGUAUACUAGAUUUCUUCGCAAUCGAAGUGAAAAGUAGAGUAUUUAAUUACACUAAAAACGUCAUUUCACCCUCGCCGGGAUAGUGUAGAUUACACCUCGAAUAUAUAACGACAACCUAAUCUUAGUGUAUACUUGCUUUUCACUUCAUCACUAAAUUAAACAAUAAUGUUUCAAAUGAAAUGACAUAAUAUUAUUGUGUAAAAUUUUCUCUUUUUUUAGUUUUGUUGUUGGCAAUUUAAUCUUAUUCCAUUUUCCUGAGUUAUUAAACUAAGAUACAAACGCAGUUUCCAAACCGCAACAAACAAAUUUACAAAGAAAGCACACGAAUUUUUCGCUGCCAUUUUAUAUUUUUUUAAUAUUCACGCAAAGAAGAUACAAAUUAUGCCAUAUCGAUAAUCCUUAACAUUGGCCUAAUGUUAUAAAUUCAGACAAUAUAGUAUUUAAAAACAAAUAAACAAACCAAAUAAAAAAAAA